CUGCUUAUCCUCAUUGCCCUGCUGAUGUGUGACGUCAACAGAAUUUCUCCUCAAUGUUUGUCAGUCUCCAUCUUCAGAGGGUUCACAAAGUCUCCUCCUGGGUCCUCUCUCAGUCCUCCAAGACUGCCAAGAAGAAAAGCAAUUAUUCAGGAUGGCACUUGCUGGGGAGAAGCCACCUCCCUGAGGUGUCCUGUGCCCUGACCCUACAAGAUGCCAAGAGAAGACACUCACUUCAUCUCUGAUUACCCCAGGAAGGGGCACGGCCACUCUUACAUCACAGCUGAAGAGGCCGCUGGGAUUGGCAUCCUGACAGUGAUCCUGGGAAUCAUACUGCUUGUUGGCUGUUGGUAUUGUAGAAGACGAAAUGGAUACAGAGCCUUGAUGGACAAAAGUCUUCAUGCUGGCACUCAAAAUGCCUUAACAAGAAGAUGCCCACAAGAAGGGUAUGAUCAUCAGGACAGCAAACUGUCUUUUCAAGAGAAAAAUUGUGAACCUGUGGUUCCCAAUGCGCCGCCUGCUUAUGAGAAACUCUCUGCAGAACAGUCACCACCACCUUAUUCACCUUAAGAGCCAGCGAGACACCUAAGACGUGCUGAAAUUAUUUCCCUCACACUUUUGCUUGAAUUUAAUAUAGACAUCUAAUGUUUUCCUUUGGAAUGCUGUAGGAAAAAUGCACAUCAUCUCUAAUAAUAAGUCAGUGUUAAAUUUUUAGUAAGUCAGCUAGCAGUACUAAUCAAGUGAGGAAAUGAUGAGAAACAUUAAAUUAGGAAACCUUCAUCAAUAAAUAUUGCAAUGCAUGAUACUAUCUGUGCCAGAGGUAAUGUUAGUAAAUCCACGGUGUUAUUUUCUGAGAGAUAGAAUUCAAGUGGGUAUUCUGGGGUCAUCCAAUUUCUCUUUACUUGAAAUGUGGCUUAUAACAAACUAGUCAGGUUUUUGAAUCUUGACCAACAUGAACUGUACACAGAAUUGUUCCAGGUGAGUCUGUACUAUUAAGUUCUCACAAAGGAUAUUUUUACAGGUUUAAUACAAAGAGCUGAUUGGCCCAUUUAUCUGAUCAAGAACAUGUCAGCAAUGUCUCUUUCUGUUCUAAAAUUCUAUUAUACUACAGUAAUAUAUUGUAAAGAUCCUAUAUCUUAGGUAAGGCAUACAAUGCAGUCUAAUUACAUUUCACUUCAAGACUCAAUGCUACCCUAACUAAUGACAAGGAUUUUCUAUUAAACCAGAGAUUGGUAGAAGGAUUUAAAGAAGUAAAAGCUAGUAUAGUUUGGCUGA